AUGGCAUCUUACCAUGUUCGCUCUAACAGCUUGCCUUCCAGGCAACAUCCAGCCAUUCCCGAAUUCAACGAGCAAUUAUGCAGACUGAGGGCUUCUGAAGCUACUUCUUCAUCAGCAUCAACCUCGAUAAACUGCAAAUUAAGUGGACUUCAACAUCUGUUUGAUUGUCUUGAAAGAUCACUUUUACUACCUCUCAACCAACAAGCCUUAUCUCAAGAGCAGCAUCAGAAAUGGAUUGAUCAAAUCUUGGAUGGAUCUUUAAGAUUCUUGGAUAUAUGCAACAUAGCUAAAGAUUCCUUGUUGCAAACAAAGGAAUCCACCCAAGAACUUCAAUCAACUAUUCGAAGAAAAAGAGGUGGCAACAUUGAGUUAUCAAGCGAGGUUAAGAAAUUCUUAACCUCAAGGAAAGUGGUGAAGAAAGCAAUUCAGAAGGCUGUUGAGCAAUUAAAGUGUAUUGAAAACAAUACCUUUAAGAAGGACAACGAGACCAUUGCAAUUGUAAGCAUGUUGAGGGAGGUUCAAGGAAUCACUCUUGCCAUAUUCGAAUCAUUGUUGUCCUUCAUUUCAGGAGAGAAGUCAAAAUCAAAGCUUGGUGGAUGGUCAUUUAUUUCCAGCAUAAUGCACCAUAACAGAGUCGAGGAAGAAUCCCAGUUGAAUGAUUUUUCAAGGGUGGAAGCAGCAUUAAAAUUUCUCAUGAGUCCCAAAAUGAAGAAAUCUGAUAGCUUUGCUGUAGAGAAUGCACAAAACCAGCUUGAAAAUUUGGAGUUGUGCAUUCAAGAUCUUCAAGAAGGAGUUGAGAAUCUGUUUAGGCGUUUGAUCAAAACCAGAGUUUCCCUUCUCAACAUCCUCAGCCACUAG